CAGGAGAUCAUGAAGCUGAAGUUGCCGAACCCAGGCCUGGAGGACAGGAUCCUGAGCCAUGAUGAGCUGGAACACCUGGAGGUGGAGGAGGCUGGAGACAGACCCAAGUGGGACAACAAAGCCCAGUACAUGCUGACCUGCGUGGGGUUCUGUGUGGGUUUGGGCAAUGUCUGGCGCUUCCCAUACCUGUGCCAGAGUCAUGGAGGAGGGGCUUUCAUGAUUCCCUUCCUAAUCCUGCUGGUUUUUGAGGGGAUUCCUCUCCUCCAUCUAGAGUGUGCCAUCGGUCAGCGGCUAAGAAAACCAAGCAUUGGGGUGUGGAGAACUAUUAACCCCUACAUGCUAGGUGGUGGUAUUGCAUCUAUGUGUGUGUCCUUUCUGGUCAGCCUGUACUAUAACACCAUCAUAGCCUGGGUCAUGUGGUACUUCUUCAACUCCUUCCAGGAGCCACUGCCUUGGAGCCAGUGUCCCAUCAAUGCCAACAGGACAGGACUAGUUCCUGAGUGUGAGAGGAGCUCACCUGUGGAUUAUUUCUGGUAUCGUGAGACUCUGAACACCUCAGCGGCCAUAGAGCAGACAGGAGGUCUGCAGUGGUGGAUGAUCCUCUGUCUGAUCUCAGCCUGGGGAGUGCUGUAUGUCUGCUGUAUCCGUGGAAUAGAGACGACUGGAAAGGUAGAGCUGCUCAAGUAA